AUGUUCGGAUCCCCUCUCUCUGUGAUUAUUUACGCCCUGGCUGUAAGCCUCGCCACAGGUCUCGCAACUCCGACUACUACGACGCUCGGUUUAAGAUCUCUCGAACAGAAUGGGGGAGAAAAGUCGCCCUGGAAAGUUCACGAUGUCCAAUGUCACAACGAAGCCGACUUUCCAGGUCAUGCCGACAUCAACCCCACCUGGCAAGGGGAGGCUGUGAGGAGCUUCUGCGACAGCGAUCAGGCCAGUCGAACUUUCACAACCUACCAAGACCCAGCGGACAACCAUUACCCAGUUGUCUUCAAGUUGCGCUUCAGAUGGAAGGACAUGUGGAAAGUCAACUACGACUUUUACGUCCAGUGGGUGCCCGGCUGCAGAACAUCUUUCGGCGCGCAGACUGUACAGAACCCGCUGUUCAGCAGUGAGGGGAAUCCAACCUGCGUGAGCAUGAUGGAAGGCAACUUCAAAAAGUGUAAUAACGGUGGCGUUGGCGGCUCUACGCAAGUUGGCUGUCUUCUUUACACUUUCAGCGGCGGAAGAGGCGGGAACUUGCUUACGGCCGUGGAACUCAAGGAACGCCGAAUCUACGACGAGGAGCAUGGUAUCACGAGGAAGCCGGACCCCUGA